GGUUUGUUCAACACGUGGGUUGGUACAGUGAGAAGUACCGUUAUGUCCGGAAUCAGGUUAUCAAUAUCCAGUGUUUAAGACAGAGGCAGUGUGUAUAGUGUAAACAAAUUCCAUUUAUCAUUAAUGUCAGCAGACUGAAAAGAAUAAUGUCGACCGUACUGCUCGGUGUUCCCGACACACUAGUCGGUUCGCCAACCACCUGGGACGUGAACAAGAUAGGUGGACAUCCUGACCCGAUGAUUCCUCUGUCCACACCAAACUGUGAGGGAUGCUCAUCUCUGAUGCUUCAUGUACUACAGAUUUAUUGUCCAUUAGAGUUAUCUCCCUUCCAUCGAAGUCUCCACGUGUUUGCCUGCACGGCAAGAUCAUGCUGGAACAAGGAACAUGGGUGGAGGGUAUUCCGGUCUCAGCUGAGAGAUUACAGUACUUGCCAGGAACAGUCAGCCAGUGAUUCCUCCGCCAGUAAAAGUAAAGUUGCUAUGGAAACCAGUGAUUGGUGUGAUGAUGCAGAUGACUGGGGCUGUGAUGAUGAUGCUCAAGAUUUGGUUGCUAUGGUAACGGACAGUUCAAAGGUUGUUGGCACUGAGAGUACGACUGCUGCUGUGUAUGAUACCACUGAAUCUCCAGCUACAUCCACCAGCGGUCAGUCCGAGCUAGAUGAAGCAUGGUGCGAGGAUGCUGUUGUCUCGGGCCUGGGAGGGUUGAAUGUGGAGGAUGAUGAUGCAGGAGACACAGUCAAAGGAGAUGACUCUCUGCUCCCAAGUGAGAAAACAUUAGCAAAUGUGAUUAGUUACUUAGCAACUGACCAACCAGAUGAUACAGGUCAUGGUGAUGGAGUCUUGCUUAAGUCUUCAGCUUCCCAGUCCACUCCGCUGCUGUCGUAUCAUCUAAACGUGUUCGAUGAACCGUCCAGUGAUGUCACAGACGAGAUCCAUGUGGCAAAAAUGUUGAAAGAUUACGAGAGAGCAGAACGUGUUGAUGUUAGAUCACUGGCAGAUGAUGACAGGGAGCCUAAGGGUGGCAAGAAAAGUGCUUCAGUCGAAAAAUAUGAAAAGACUGAGCUAAAACAUGGAGACAAGUGCUUCCACAAGUUCAUGAAGCGUAUAAAGAGGUGCCCAGAACAAGUUAUCAGGUAUUACCUAGGAGGGACCCCACUUCCCAUCUCCGCCUCCCCCAUGGUACCACGCCCCUGCCCUGUGUGUGGUGCAGCUAGGGUGUUUGAGCUGCAGCUGGUCCCAUCACUUGUACCCUACUUGUGUCAGGAGAAGGAGCAAGGCCCUGUGUUGGAGUUCGGGACAGUGCUGGUGUACACCUGUAGCAGAAGUUGCUGGGAGGAGGCGCUCCAGGAACCCCGAGAGGAGCUUGUCAUUGUACAGUCAGACCCUGACCAGCAUCUCUUCAAAUCAUGACACUUACCUCAUGAUCAAGUGCUAUGUUCCUCAACAAGAGCUUGUCUCCAAAGUGCAACCCUUGCAAGCAUCUCUUCAAAUCAUGACACUUACCUCAUGAUCAAGUGCUAUGUUCCUCAGCAAGAGCUUGUCUCCAAAGUGCAACCCUUGUCAGCAUCUCUUCAAAUCAUGAAACUUACCUCAUGAUCAAGUGCUAUGUUCCUCAGCAAGAGCUUGUCUCCACAGUGCAACCCUUGCCAGCAUCGUCUUAAGUGGUUGAUCUGACCUGAUGUGACCUUUCCACAAAACGCCACCUUAGAAAUGUGACCGUCGUCAGUCUGUAUGUUAAACAUAAACUUUGUUAGGGAGUUCUGAGGUAAACUCCAUUUGAAGUGCUCAAAAGUACUUGUGGAAAGAUGCACUGGAUGUCCUCAAGGUCACAUGCAACGUAAUAUAUAUUGGCGAGACUCUCAGGCCCAACAACACCCGGGUUGCUGAACACAAGUCGUCAGUAUGCAAACAAAAUGAUAAGUCAGCUAUAUCGGAGCACAAGUCAAAUAACCCAAGUCAUGUAAUCGUGUGGAAUGAUAUCAGGGUGCUUUCGAGCAAUAACAACGACUGGCAUCGGAGGAAACUACAGGAGGCUGUGGAGAUAAGGAGACAUAAACCGGCAAUGAAUCGUGAUCACAACUCUAUUAUCUAGCAUGAAUUUAUCAUCAUUAUGUAAUUAACACUUUAACUUCACUUAUACUGUACUCACUCUUGUGUACUGUGAUGUCACUUGCAUUGUGACGUCAUACCGACGACGUGAUAGUCUCAACUGUCAGUUCACCUGAUGAAGGGACCUGGAAUGGUCUUGAAACGUCGUGAGGGAAAUUAUAAAGAAGUUUAAUCCAUAUAAAUAUCUUGGACAUAUUUUUUGUUGUCUUUAAUUCUGUUUGUCAUGGAAGAAAACUGUUCCAUGAGAUAACACAAUGGCUCACUGGAUGCUGCUCCACAUACCAAUCACUGGUUUGUCUGGUCCUAUCUUCUGUCUUGUUUGACAUAAACUGCAUUCACUGACUGAGGUAGAUAACAAUUCUUAUGCCCAUUAGUGUUGGGAAUUGGUUAAAAUCUCAUAAUUGAUGA